AUGAACAACAUCAACAUCGUGUGCCUGGGUGGCGCGAGCGAAGUGGGGCGUUCGUGCGUCAUUAUAGAAAGUGCAAACAGGUCAAUCAUGUUGGACUGUGGAAUUCAUCCGGCGUUUAUGGGCAUCGGCUGUUUGCCCAUCUACGACGCGUACGACAUUUCGAAGGUGGAUUUGUGUUUAAUAACCCAUUUUCACAUGGACCACAGUGGUGCCUUGCCCUACCUGGUUAAUAGAACCCGUUUUAAAGGAAAGGUAUACAUGACGGAGGCGACGAAAAGUAUCUGCUAUUUACUGUGGAAUGACUAUGCGCGAAUUGAAAAAUGCAUGCACAUGAUGAAUAAGAUGAAAGGAAGUAGAAAUAAAAAUGAGCCGGGUGAAAAUGAAGCGGACGAGUAUGGCAACAAAGGGAAAAGGGGAGGGCCAUCCUACUCCAGUGAUGAGUUUGGAAGUGAAGACAAUGAUGAUGAUUAUUACCAAAGUUACAUUUGCGAAAUGGGAGAUGGAGAUAUAAAGCAUAAUGUACUGUAUGACGAAAAUGAUAUAAAUGAAGCCAUGAAAAUGAUAGAAACGUUAAAUUUUCAUGAGCACAUAGAAUUUGAGGAUGUAAAAUUUACAGCCUAUAGAGCAGGACACGUCAUCGGUGCGUGUAUGUUCUUAGUGGAAAUAAAUAACAUACGUUUUUUAUACACAGGGGAUUAUAGCAGGGAGGUCGAUAGGCACAUCCCCAUAGCGGAGAUCCCCGCCAUCGAUGUCCACGUGCUAAUUUGUGAAGGAACAUAUGGAAUUAAAGUGCAUGACGAUAGGAAAAAAAGGGAAGUCCGUUUCCUCAAUAUGAUUACGAGUAUAUUAAAUAAUAAAGGGAAGGUCUUGCUCCCGGUGUUUGCUUUAGGAAGGGCUCAAGAGUUGCUACUAAUUAUGGAGGAACACUGGGAAAGAAACCCCCAGUUGCAGAAGAUCCCCAUCUUUUACAUUUCGUCCAUGGCUACCAAGUCGCUGUGUAUAUAUGAGACCUUCAUAAAUCUGUGUGGCGAUUUUGUACGCCAUGUACUUAAUGAAGGGAAAAAUCCUUUUAAUUUUAAAUUUGUAAAGUAUGCGAAAUCGUUGGACUCCAUUUUGAAUUAUUUAUACCAAGAUAAUAACCCCUGUGUUGUUAUGGCUUCUCCUGGUAUGCUACAAAAUGGAAUUUCGAAAAAUAUUUUUAACAUCAUUGCACCUGAUAAGAAAAGUGGAGUUAUCCUUACUGGGUAUACCGUCAAGGGGACUUUGGCUGAUGAGCUAAAAACUGAACCGGAGUAUGUCCUCAUUAACGACAAGCCUGUGAAGAGGAGGUGCCGCUUCGAGGAAAUCUCCUUCAGUGCUCACUCGGAUUUUAAUCAAACCAAAACGUUUAUUGAAAUGUUGAAGUGCCCAAAUGUGGUUCUUGUGCAUGGGGAUAGGAACGAAUUGAACAGACUGAAAAAUAAGCUUACUGAGGAGAAGAAGUACCUGUCUGUUUUUACGCCCGAGUUGCUGCAGAGGCUGACUUUUCGCUUUGAGCACAGUGACCAUGUGGUGUCGCUGGGCCGGCUUUCCCACCAGAUUAGGUGUCUCGCUCGGAGGGGGGAAGGCUCACAAGGGGGAGAAGCGGGCGCGGGGGGUGCAGCAGGCACAGCAGGCACAGCAGGCACAGCAGGCGCAGCAGGCGCAGCGGAUGAUGGAACAAAUGCGGAGAAAAAAGAUGAACAGUCGGGGGGACAACCCCCCCACGAGGGACGCACCGACCAGGAGAAUGCAAAACGGAGCGACAGAAAUGGAGAGGAGAAAACCUUUCCCAACGGAGUGGAUGCCAUAAUCAUCUCGGAGCCGAAGGCCGUCCCGGUCAUGAUUUACGCCAAGGAUAUUUAUGAGUACACGAAUUUGAAGACUGCGCUGAUUGACCAGACGAUCAGCAUAAAAUUCCCGUACAAGUUCGAGCUGCUGUACCAUAUGUUGAGGGGGGUGUACGAGGAAACGCACAUGGAGGGGGUUGGCAGCGGUGUGGGUGGCGAUGUGGACGGCGGUAACAGUGGGGACGACGGCGGAGCGGUCAUCUUCGUGCAGGACGUGAAAAUCCAGCACUGCAGCGCGGAGCAGGUCAUAAGGAUUAACUGGCUCUCAAGCCCAGUGAACGACCUAGUGGCGGACAGCGUCAAUUUUCUAAUUCUAGAAUUUCUCGACACCAUGAAGAGUGACAGCCACCUGCCCAUCUGCAACGAAGUGACGGAUGAUGAGAUCUAUCAAAUGAUCAUUUCGUACGUGCAGGAAAAUUAUACCAACGUGGAGAGGUUCUCCAAAGUGGAGCUGAAAAGGUUCCUUUUGCAGAAUGGCAGUGGCAGCCCCGAGCGGGGAAAAGACGAAGAAGCAGAGGCAAGCGGUGCAGAUAGAGAUGGAAUGGCUAGUUUGGAGCAUGACCAAUCGCACUCAUCUGACAAGGUGAACCGAAUGGAAGAAGAGGAGGAUGUACACGAGGACCGUGAUGGGCAAAGCGGGCACAGAGACAAAAUGAAGAAUUUCCGCUCCCUUGAUAAAAUAUUAUUUGACUACAUCGCGGCAGAUGCCAGUUUAGCAGUGUCCGCUGAUGAGGAGGAACCCGUGGUGCGUAUUCUCAAUGGCGGGGUUCUUUAUGAAAUACUAAAGUUUGAGGUGAAGGAUAAUAACAACAACGAUGUUAAUGUGUACGUCGAUAUAGACAAUCGGGAAGUGAUCUGUGAGGAAGUUACCAUUUUGUUAAAAAUUAAAGAAAUUUUGAAAAAUAUAGAGGAGUCCCUAUUGCCCAUGUGCUUUUAA